AUGGGAAACCUCAUCAUUUCUGGUGACAAUUGUGACGCUGAUAACCUUACAUUCAAAGUUGUUGGCGAUUUCGGGAAAUGGCAGUUGUGGAUAAGUAUAUAUAUGGCCAUGAUAAAGUUGCCGCUCGCUUGGUAUCAAUUGAAUAUCAUAUUUAUGGCCCCUCCUCAACAAUUUUGGUGCGCAAAACCAGAAUCAUUCGCUAUUUGGACAGAUGAAGAUUGGCGACAAAUUUGCUGUCCGAAAAAUGAAGAACAUCCAUGUUUGAUUUUCGACCCUGAAAUUCUAAUAUUCGAGCUAAAUAUGGAUAGAUCAUUGAUACCACUGGUUCCAUGUCCUCGUUUUGUUUACGAUAACAGUGUCUUUAACAGAACUAUCACAUCAGACUGGAAUUUAGUAUGUUCUAAGCAUUGGCUCAUACAUUUCACCCAAUGUGUUAUGAUGUGGGGUGUUUUAGUAGGUGGUAUUAUUUUUGGUGUGGUAGCCGACAAAUACGGUCGUAAAUAUCCACUUAUGAUUGGAAUUACACUGCAAUGCAUCAUGAGCUAUAUCUGUAGUAUAACAACAUCUUAUUGGAUAUUUAUUAUUAACUGGUCUCUUCUAGCUGUGGCUUCUGGGGGUAUAGGAAUUAUAUCGUUUGUUAUCAGUAUGGAGGUUGUUGGUGGUAAGUGGAGAACAAUAAUGCCUAUCGUGUACCAGUUGCCAUUCGGAUUAGGAAAUGCAGUGAUGGCUCUCUUAGCUUAUUGGCUUAGAGACUGGAGGGAACUUGAAUUUGCUUUAGCAACCCUUUCGUCCACUUAUUUGAUAUAUUGGUUAUUAAUACCCGAAUCACCUAGAUGGCUUCUAGCUACUGGUCGAAAUAAAAAAGCUUUAGAAGUUCUAAAAAAAGCAGCUAAACAAAAUAAUAGAGAAAAAUACUAUGACGCUGUUUUGCACAACAUAAUAAUUUGCAAAACACGAAGCCGUAAUGAUCCAGGAUUUAUAGCAUUUCUGAAAUCUGAAAAUAUGAGACUAAAAACUUUACUUUUGUCUUUAAAUUGGUUUUUUACCGGAUUAGCGUUUUAUACAUUCUCACAAUAUCUAGGAUUAGUUGGCGGGAACAUUUUUUUAGCAGUCGCAAUGAGUGGAUUUAUUUAUAUUGCCGGAGGAUUAACAUGUAUAUUAAUUAUCACUAAAGCUGGAAGAAAAACGACUAUCUGUGUAUAUCAAGUGAUAUCAUCAUUAUGUUUUUUUUUUAUAAUACUUAUUCCAAGAGAUUAUUAUGCAAACGAUUGGCCAAGGUUGUUAUUUGCAGGACUAGGCUUUGCGGGUUUAGCGGGUACUGUACCAGCAUUGUAUUUGUAUACGGGAGAAUUAUACCCGACUCUAGGGCGUAACGCAGGUGUGGCCGGUGUUACAACUUUCGCUCGUAUUGCGUCAAUGGUAGCUCCAGCUGUUGUGAGCUUAGAUGAAGUAAGACCUGACCUACCACUUAUUCUACUGGCAAUAGUUUCGGCUGCCCAAUUGGUAUUACUUGCACCCUUGCCAGAAACAAAAGAUAGACCGCUCCCAGAUACUCUAGAGCAAGCUGAACAAUUCAAAUAA